AAGCCUAGUUCCCCCACCUAAAAGGUACAUAAAUGGCUUGCAACUUGCAACUGGCUGUGGUUUCUUGUCCCACCCCAAAAUGUACUUCCGUAUUCACACGAUCGGUCUGAGACAAGUAUCUGCUUUUCUUUCUUUUUGCUCACUGUUGUGUUCCUCCUCUUUGAAAUGCAGUCCCAGUUCUACACCACUCUGCUGCUGACCUUUGCCAUCCAGCUGGACUAUUUCAUACUGCACGCCGAUGCUGAAGACCUAAAGAAACCAGAGAUUGGUGUGCAGAACAGUGGUGGGGAGGUGGACCUGGCCUGUCACACAAUGCUGAAACACCUCCCAUCUGGCACUAAUGUCACCUGUAACCUGUACAUUGGAGACUCAUCUCAGCCAUUCAGAAGCACAUGGACAAAACACAAAGAUAAAGUUUGUAUCUUUAUUGUGAAACGGGAUGACCUGAAGCAGGGUCUGCAGUCUGUGGGGACUACAGAAGUUAGCUGCGAUUACUCUGUCCCCACAGACCCCCGCUCUCCUUCCUCACGCAGUGACAAAAGAAAAAUAGAAGGACUCUCUCCAGGGACAUCAACCUUUUCUGAAGCAGGUAAACUGCCCACGGUAGAGUUUCAAUUGAGUCCUGCAGUAAUUUCCAUAGAGGAAUCAGUGAACCUGAGGUGCAGGAGACCUGACUCUGCCCCUGCGUCCCACUGCACUUUCAUCAUUAAUCAGAGAGGACCGAUCAGUGGCUCAGACUGUAAUCGCUCAGUCACUGGAGCUGAGCUGCUCAGUGGGAGUCACAGCGCACGCAAUGAGAUCAUCAUGAGAUGUUUUUACAGUCUGGAGGAAGGAGGGAAACCUGCUCGUCAUAGUGACCCCUCCACAGUGACUGUGCUGGAUCUGAGGAAGCCCAAUAUCUCGGUCUCCACAGAACACACUGAGACACACAUUUGCUGUGAAGCACCACCUGACAUCACUGGGGCUAUUUUCUUCCUGUACUACAACAGGAGUAACACAGAUACAAACAGCACCCAGGCUGGAACAGAAGAGCGAGCUGUCAGUUUCACUGUCCCCCGCAGCUCUGACUCCACUCUGACAUACUGCUGUCGCUAUCAGUUUAAGGGCAUCAACUCUAAACUGAGUUACUGUGCUGAAGCUAAGAACAAGGACCAGAGUGGAAGAACAAAGGACCAAAAGUCAGCCAGGUUACUGUGGCGACACAUCCUCAGUGCUCUGGUAGUCUUGGCUGCUAUUGGAAUACUCAUAGAAUACUUCAUCUCCCACACACCAACCACAGUAGAGCACUUUACAGGAGGAGAACAUACUGUACAUUUUUACCAUGUUCAGCUACAGAUGCUGCAGGCAGGAAGAGGAGAGGGAAUGAGAACACUGGGCAGUUUGUGGAGACAUUGUGCUGAGACAUGAGAGAGAUUAGCCUGUUUACCUCUACAAAUAUACAGUAUGCAUACACAAUAAAUAAAAAUAUACAUAAAACCACACAAAUACAGAACAUGUAUAUUUCUUAACAAACAUAGCAUACAUACAUAGUCACAAAAUGGCAUACUGUUUUAACUUAAAAUAAAGAGUAAAUAUUUACUACUGUAGUCUGUAUUUCUGCGAUGUCAUUUCUAACUUGUUUUCAUCCAUUUAAGAAUGUAUGCUCUCAAUUUCAUAUUUAUUACAAGUACUGUUGUGAACUACCCAAGUUGGUUUGUUUAAAAUAAUAUUGUUCUUAUUUUGUUCUUUUGUCCAUUAUUUUUGUUUCUUGCAUCGCAUAAAUUGAAAAAAAGACUAAGCUCGUCAUAAAAAAUACACACAAUAUUUGUUGGAAAAAGGGCUGCAAGUUUACUCAUUUAUUUAUUUAAUCUUGUGCGUCAAAUCAGAACUCUGUGCUCUUUUGCAGUGAAGACACAGAUAAUCAAAUUGGGAAUGCAAGGGAUUGUUUAGCAAGUCAGAUGUAGGGGAUCAAUUGGUUGCCAGAGAACCAGUUUUUGGGGGAUUUGAGCAGGACUCCAGGGUUAUCAUGUCUACUCUUUUCAGUCUGGAUGGUGACUUAUUGUUUCAUCUAAAGGAUGGUAACCUCACCCAACACCAUGAACCAUUGAAUUUAUAUUAGGUCCCCACAGGACUACCAACACCUUUCCAGCAGACAUUUCCAUUUCCCUGGAGGCCUGCAUGCAAGCCCUAAGUAAACCCACAACUGCUUAGCUUCAGCAGUUUGGCAUGGGAAGGGUACAGGCUCAUAUGACUGCUGGCAAACAUAUGGUAUAUAAUGACUGAUUUCGACAUAAAGAAAAGGCAUUAGCAGCAGUGAUUUAAGCAUCAAAAUAAUAGUGUGCCAUUAUUUUUUUACAUUUUAAUAUGCUGGUGCUCUAAUCCAGAGCAAUGUAAAAUAAACACACACCCACACAUACAUUAACACAUUCAGUGAUGAACGCCAACAGGCACAAACUAUGACUAGCCAAACUGUACUCAUGUGAAGCAUGACAAGGUUCAAGUGCUAAAGCUCAUCAACAACAAAUAAUCCACCUGAUGAAUUCUUGCAGUUUAGAUGUGUUAGCUAGCUGUCUUGCUAUCCUCUGAGGCUACGAGCUGAAAUUUUUCC